UCUCUCUCACACACACACACACACUCACACAAUCACACACACAAUCACACACACACACACACACACACACACAAUCACACACACUCACACAAUCACACACACUCACACACAGACACACCCCUCAGGCAGUAGAGUACAUUGUGUACUCAGUUAAAUCUUCAAAAUGACUUUGUUUGCCAUGGUCAUCAUCUUCCUCAGUUUCCUGUUACACAACUUCAUAUCUAUGACAACGCUUUCACUUCCUAUUUUUUUGGUUAUAUUUUUAUAUUUUUGGGGUAUUUCCUCCGAUCAUGAAGCAAUUUCCCCUUAUUUUCAAAUGAGAGAAGAAAAAAUCCUCUUAAAGACAAAAGCAACUUGUGUUUCAGCGACUCAGAUGAGUGAAUUAUAUCACUUUGGUUUAUUUGUGUUGAAUAUACGAGGUCAUCGACCGCCUGUCUGUCAAAGUCGAAAUACACUUCACCUCAGGUGGAACCUCAUGCGGUACCUCAUUCGGUACCUCAUGCGGUACAUCAGGUGGAACCUCAUGCGGUACCUCAUGUGGUACCUCAUGCGGUACAUCAGGUGGAACCUCAUGCGGUACCUCAUGCGGUACAUCAGGUGGAACCUCAUGCGGUACUUCAUGUGGUACCUCAGGUGGAACCUCAUGCAGUACCUCAGGCGGUACCUCAUGCGGUACCUCAGGCGGUACCUUGUGCAGUACAUCAGGCCGUACCUCAGGUGGAACCUCCUGCGGUACCUCAGGUGGUACCUCAGGUGGAACCUCAUGAUGUACCUCAGGCGGUACUUCAGGUGGAACCUCAUCCGGUACCUCAGGCGUUACCUCAGGCGGUACCUCGUGCAGUACCUCAGGUGGUACCACCCACCUUCCCUGAGAAGGCACCAGAUCUCCCUUGACUCCCACCUCUACGUACAUCCUCACAGAGACAGGGACAGUGGUUUAGUCGUUAACCGACUGGAGGUCAAAGUGCGUCUCUGGAGAUGAUCAUAUGUUCUUGUCAAUAAUUCCCUGACUUCCGUGUAAACUCUGUGU